GCGUCCGUGAUCGCAGAGUCCGUGAGGCGUUUGGACGCCACAGAAGAGCAACGGACUUCCCGUUCUAGGAGCCGCACACGCGUUCCCGCUCGGCGUCCGACAAGGCUCACAUUGCAGGUCUCAGGCUCCUGCAAUGAGUUCGAGUCGAAGCGGACUCAUGGUACAUACAUCAUGGGCGGCCAAGCCUAUCACCGGAACUACUUUUUCCAUAAGGAUGAGCCUCCGGAGUGUUUCAUUUACUAUUACUCGGACAGACACACAUCAUCCUGGUGUGGCUGGUGGAUUGGCCCUAUUCUGGGCAGCAGAGAAGUAUGGGCCUGCAAUCCCGACGUGAACGUGGAAAAUCCUUCAUUACCACCAACUUUGGACUGGCGUGUGGGCCCUGAUCCUCAUGGUUUUGUGAGCUUUCAAAGUCCAGUGGAUGUUGGACUCAGGACAUGGCAACUACCUGGUGGCCCUCAAGCAGGUCGAAGCAUUGGAAGAGCAAGUGUUCAACCACAGCCAGGCGUUGUCCAAGGAACAGGCAAAGCGGUACCAUGCUGA